AUGAGGUUUGAGGAUGUCCUCUCAGAAGUUGGUGUCUUUGGGAAAUUUCAGAUAUUGUCACUCCUAAUCCUCUGCCUCCCAAGAGUCAUUCUGCCUCUACACUUCCUAUUACAUAUCUUCAUCUCAGCUGUUCCACCCCAUCACUGUGCCAUUCCCAACCUGGAGAACCCGGGGAACCUGAGCCAGGAAGACCUUCUACUCAUCUACAUCCCCAGAGAGGCCGAUGGGACCUUCAGUUCCUGUACCAUGUAUUCCCAGGCACAGCCUCACCUGCUACUGAACAGAUCCCAGCAGACGGUCAAUGAGUCCCUGGUGCAGGGAUGUCACCAUGGCUGGACAUAUGAUGUCUCCGUGUUCUCCUCCACCACCGUCACAGAGUGGGACCUGGUUUGUGACCGGAAGUGGUUAAACCAAGCAGCCGCCACCUUCUUCUUUAUGGGCCUCACGACUGGAUCACUGAUCUGCGGAUUCCUGUCAGACAGGUUUGGGCGCAAGAAGAUUCUGCUUAUUUCAUUCAUAGUAAGCACAGUGUUUGGAGUGAUGUCUUCAUUCUCUGUGUCCUACGCCAUGUUCAGCAUCUCCAGAUUGCUCUGCGGUGUCGGACUAAUGGGAAUGACGCUUAUUUCUAUCACCUUAGUGUUAGAGUGGACCGACUUGGCUCAUCGCACAUUCUGUGGCACCAUUAGUAGUCUCUCGUGGACUGUCGGUUACAUGAUGCUGGCCUUACUGGCCUAUUUGCUCAGAGACUGGCAUUGGCUUCUGCUGGCCACAACGUUGCCCUGUGUGCUCGCUAUUGCCACCUGGUGGUGGGUUCCUGAGUCUGCUCGUUGGCUCCUCACCAAGCAAGACUCCAUCGAAGCCCACAAGUACCUGUCCAGGUGUGCAGAAAUGAACAAGAGGCCAGGUUUCAGCCAUAAGAUAACUCCAGAGGUUCUGCAGAAGACUGUGUAUGUGGAAUGCAAAAAAUACAAUUUCAUGGAUCUAAUCAGGACCCCAAUGCUCAGAAAAAACACCCUGUGUCUUGGCAUUAUGUGGUUCGGUGUGGCCUUCAGUUACUAUGGUAUCAGCUUCCAUGUUACUGGUUUCAGCCUCAGUCCAUUCCUCACCCAUUUUAUAUUUGGAGCAAUAGAGAUCCCAGCGAAAGUUUCGGUAUAUAUCCUGCUGGAUCGCAUUGGGCGCAAACAGUGUCAGGGAGGGUCCCUGAUUAUCACAGCUGUCUGCAUAGGCCUCACCUGCAUCAUUCCUCCAGGACAUUGGCGCUCCCUGGUGGCCAUCCUGGGUAAAGGCUUCUCAGAAGCAUCAUUUACCACAGCGUUCCUCUUCACGGCUGAGCUGUACCCCACCGUCCUCAGGCAGACCGGCCUUGGCUUCUGCUCCUUCAUGACCCGUCUGGGCAGCUCACUGGCUCCUCUGAUAAUUCUGCUGGACCAUUUCUGGAUGUUUCUGCCUCCUGUGGUGUUUAGCUCGAUGUCCCUGGUAUCUGGCACUGCUGCUUUCUUCCUAACAGAGACGUGUCGUAUCCAGUUACCUGAGACCAUCCAAGAGGUAGAGCUGAGAAACAAGACUCUUACAACUGCGGCAGAUGGAGACGUCUCUAUGUAUGUGAAUGGACACCAGAGAGACUCUGAGGACAUAACCCCACAGCCCCGGGUCACCAACCCCGGUAUGUGUCACACAGAGGAACCGGAUUCUCCCGGCAGCUUAAAUGUAUCAUAAGGAGCCACUGACCAAAGUCCAACCAAGCUAAUGAGGGUCUGUAGGGCCAGAGUUUGCUUCUGAUCAACAAGACAUUUCAUACUCUCCCUAUUACAGAGGUCAAAUGUUUUAUAGUGUUUGAGAUGAUCAAUACAUUUUAUUAAUAAAAGGACUGUAAUGCUUCCAGCUCACCCAGUCAGUUCUAUUGUCUCACACAGUGACUGAUUAUUACAGAAGCCCAAGUCAUUGGUACGUAUCAAGACAUGUCCAUGAUU